AUGAAGACGUCCAACUCCACGGACGAAGAACGCCAAUCCAUCUUAGACGAGAUUCUAAUUCGUUGUAGCAAUCUCGUUUUGUCCUCGGGAAGUUACACUGACCUGGCUAAGCGUUGGGGCUGCUACCCCUCGACAAUUAGCCGGAUAUGGCAUGCUUAUUGUGCAGCUCGGGUCGCUGGGUCCCCCAUCAACGCUGGGGGCCCACUUCUGUGGCCGUUCAUGGGGGACCCAUCACACGCUGGGUCUCCCAUGAACGGCCAAAGAAGUAGGAAAGCCAAGAAUAGCGGGAGUCGCGGAGAAGCGACCCAAAAGCUGCGUCGGUGCCUCUGCAAGAUCGCCAGGUGGUUCUGCGUGCUGCCGCAGUCGCCGGCAUCUCCCGGUACAUGGUGA